AUGCAGGGAGAUUGCCUCAACUACAUGAAUGUUGUGAGCAAGCGGAUGGGCUUGCAUAGGCAUCCACUUCCCAAGCUGACGGCAGCCUUGGAUGAUCUCUUGCAUUUUCUCGUUAUGCACAUGGUUCACUGCGAUUCCAUAUUCACUGAUGAGAAGCAGCAACUCUAUGUACUUGCAGGACUCAAUUUGUUGAGUGUUUCCACUUGUCGGGCAGUGUCAUUAUUUGAUACAAGACAUCCUGUUGACUUCCAAGCAGAUGGUCGUCCGCUCCAGCACUCUGAAGUGGAGCGACGCAAUGAUAGUAUAGAGUCUCAGAAUUUACCUGAUAACCCCAGGAACCAAGAAGCCGCGGGUGAUUCCAGUUAUGAGAUGGGUAUAGAAAGUUAUCUAAGUGAACUGGAAGAAGCUGACCUGGGUGAUCCUUCAAAUGACGAAUUUGGUUCAGAGACAGAGAGCAACACUGACUGCAAUUCAGACACUUCCAGCGUCACAAAUGAUGGCUAUCUUGAGGGUAAUGAGACUUGCACCAUACUUUGGAGGCACGUUGAAUUCUAUAUUGUCCGCAAUCCGCUACCUGACGGUCGCAACAUACUAGCCGCCAUUGUGACUCUUCUCCACAUGAAAGGGGAGGACCGGAAGCCAAGGAUCAAGAGAUUUGUGGUUGAACAUGAAGAUAAUCCAAUAUUUGACUUACUGUCCCAACUGUUGUCAUUGGCAAUUGAUGACGGCAUCUUCAUUGCGAUGAUCAAAGACGAGGCAGACAUCUACACCGUGCCAAUUCCAUCACACUGCAGAGGCAUUCAGAUGAAAAUCAAGAAAGAGAAGCUGGAUAUUCCAAUAUUCCGUGAACCUGAACACACUGCAGAAGGUUACCGAACAUCUGACACCCAGCCACUGAAGUCGCGGACGUGGAGUCGCAUUAUCAAACGAAUUGGGAUUGCCUGA